GCUGUCACCCCGUGCGGAACAAGUCUUCCAAAUUUCCCCAAAUCGCCCUGGGCGGGAGGGCGGCCGUCUUCCUUCACGUCCGGGUCGUGACCCCGCCUCCACCGAGCCUCAGAGACUACCUUAGCCAUCAUGGAGGUGGCGGAGGCGGGGAGCCCCCUGAACCCCAGCUGUAAGAUAAUGACUUUCAGACCCUCCAUGGAGGAGUUCCGGGAGUUCAACAAAUACCUUGCCUACAUGGAGUCGAAAGGAGCUCACCGAGCAGGUCUUGCAAAGGUGAUUCCUCCCAAGGAAUGGAAGCCAAGACAAUGCUAUGAUGACAUUGAUAAUUUGCUUAUUCCAGCACCAAUUCAGCAGAUGGUCACAGGGCAGUCGGGACUGUUUACUCAAUACAACAUUCAGAAAAAGGCCAUGACUGUGAAGGAGUUCAGACAGCUGGCCAACAGUGGCAAAUAUUGUACUCCAAGAUACUUGGAUUAUGAAGAUUUGGAACGCAAAUACUGGAAAAAUUUAACUUUUGUGGCACCUAUCUAUGGUGCAGAUAUUAAUGGGAGCAUAUAUGAUGAGGGUGUGGAUGAAUGGAACAUAGCCCGCCUAAAUACUGUCUUGGAUGUAGUGGAAGAAGAGUGCGGCAUUUCUAUUGAGGGUGUGAAUACUCCCUACCUCUAUUUUGGCAUGUGGAAAACCACAUUUGCAUGGCACACCGAGGACAUGGACCUCUACAGCAUUAACUAUCUCCACUUUGGAGAGCCCAAGUCUUGGUAUGCUAUACCUCCGGAGCAUGGGAAACGACUUGAAAGACUAGCCCAAGGAUUUUUCCCAAGCAGCUCCCAAGGUUGUGAUGCAUUUCUUCGCCACAAGAUGACAUUGAUUUCUCCUUCUGUAUUGAAAAAGUAUGGAAUUCCCUUUGACAAGAUAACCCAGGAGGCUGGGGAAUUCAUGAUCACUUUUCCAUAUGGCUACCAUGCUGGUUUCAAUCAUGGUUUCAACUGUGCAGAGUCUACAAAUUUUGCUACUGUCAGAUGGAUUGACUAUGGAAAAGUUGCUAAAUUGUGCACUUGCAGGAAAGACAUGGUGAAAAUUUCAAUGGAUAUCUUUGUGAAGAAAUUUCAGCCAGACAGAUACCAGCUUUGGAAACAAGGAAAGGAUAUAUACACCAUUGACCACAUAAAGCCUACUCCAGAGUCUACUCCUGAAGUAAAAGCCUGGCUACAGAGGAGGAGGAAAGUACAAAAGGCACCCAAGAGUGUCCAGGGAAGUAGGUCUCACUCAAAGAGGCCUAAGGCUGAAGAGGAUGAAGAAAUGUCCGCUCAAGACAAUGGGGAGGAGGUGCCCAGUUCUGACCUAGGCUCAGAGAACCUCAAGGUUGCAGGAAAGCCAAAAGGGGGGUCAAAGCUGGAAAAGACGGACACACCUUCAGAAGAGGCCUCUGUCAGCAGGAUGCAGGUGGAUCAAAAUUUCUCAGAUAAUACCAAACUCUCAGGAAACAGCUGCUUAAAUGCAUCUAAAAUGGAGGAAACAAAAACUGAAGAUGACAAAGCCUACACCAUAAGUGUCUCAUAUAUGUCCCAGGAGGCCAAUGAUUCUACGCCAUUGUCUAGUGGCCUGGUAAAGGUGGAGGAAUCAGACCCACGUAAGCACCUGUGGCAAAAGUCUCCCGAGUUUGGUUCCUCAGUGGCAGAGAGCAAUGAUGUGUUUACAGAGGGAGAAGAGAGUGAUGUAGAAGACCGGGGAAGUGGCCUGGAACCUGGGGAAAUCUCAGCAGUCCUCAGUGAAGAUAGAAAUGACUUCAAGGUCCCUGGCAUGAUAGAGGGAGAGACCAAAACUGCUAAGAGUUGGCGUCAUCCACUUAGUAAGCCUCCAGCCAGAUCUCCAAUGACUCUUGUAAAGCAGCAGGCAGCAAGUGAUGAAGAAUUGCCUGAGGUCCCAUCUACUGAGGAAGAAGUAGAAGAAACAGAAUCCUGGGCAAAGCCUCUCAUUCAUCUUUGGCAAACAAAAUCUCCCAAUUUUGUGGCUGAGCAAGAGUAUAAUGCUGCUGUAGCAAAGAUGGAGCCACACUGUGCCAUUUGCACUCUGCUCAUGCCAUACUAUAAGCCAGAUAGCAGCAAUGAAGAAAAUGAUUUGAGAUGGGAGACAAAAUUGAAUGAAGUGGUUACUUUGGGAGGAAAGACUAAGCCCCUCAUUCCAGAGAUGUGUUUUAUUUAUAGUGAAGAAAACAUAGAAUAUUCCCCACCUAAUGCCUUCCUGGAAGAGGACGGAACAAGUCUUCUGAUUUCCUGUGCGAAGUGCUGUGUACGAGUUCAUGCAAGUUGUUAUGGUGUCCCUUCUCAUGAGAUCUAUGAUGGAUGGCUAUGUGCCCGCUGCAAAAGAAAUGCAUGGACAGCAGAAUGUUGUCUCUGCAAUUUGAGAGGUGGUGCUCUGAAGCAAACUAAGAACAAUAAGUGGGCCCAUGUCAUGUGUGCUGUUGCAGUCCCAGAAGUUCGAUUCACUAAUGUCCCAGAAAGGACACAAAUAGAUGUAGGCAGAAUACCUUUACAGAGGUUAAAAUUGAAAUGCAUCUUCUGCAGACAUCGGGUAAAGAGGGUCUCUGGAGCAUGCAUCCAGUGUUCCUAUGGCCGAUGCCCAGCUUCCUUCCAUGUCACAUGUGCCCAUGCUGCUGGGGUACUGAUGGAGCCUGACGAUUGGCCUUACGUGGUGAACAUAACGUGCUUCCGCCAUAAGGUUAACCCAAAUGUGAUGCUGCAGGAAGCUGAUGCACCAGUGCAGGUGAGCGGAGAUGGGGAACAGCGGCCAUAUCUUGGUUUUGGAGACACUUCGAAGAUAGACUUAAAGGCCUUGAAGUCUAAGGCAUGUGAGAAGGCCAUCUCUGUGGGUCAGACAGUCAUCACAAAGCAUCGGAACACGCGGUACUACAGCUGCAGGGUGAUAGCAGUGACGUCACAAACCUUCUAUGAGGUCAUGUUUGAUGAUGGCUCCUUUAGCAGGGACACAUUUCCUGAAGAUAUUGUGAGCCGAGACUGUGUGAAGCUAGGCCCUCCUGGAGAGGGAGAAGUUGUCCAAGUCAAGUGGCCAGAUGGCAAACUCUACGGAGCAAAAUACCUUGGAUCAAAUGUUGCCUAUAUGUACCAGGUUGAAUUUGAAGAUGGAUCCCAGAUAGCAAUGAAGAGAGAGGAUAUCUACACCUUAGACGAAGAACUACCCAAGAGGGUGAAGGCUCGCUUUUCCACAGCCUCUGACAUGCGAUUUGAAGACACAUUUUAUGGAGCAGACAUUAUCCAAGGGGAGAGGAAGAGACAAAGAGUGCUGAGCUCCAGGUUCAAGAAUGAAUAUGUGGAUGACCCUGUGUAUCGCACUUUUUUGAAGAGCUCUUUCCAGAAGAAGUGUCAGAAGAGGCAGUAGUCUACCCAUGGUGCUGCAGGCCACGAGCAGCUCAGGCUGGAAGAGGAAAGAUGAAGGGACAGCUUUGGGGCCGAGCCCUGUGUUACUCUGGGAUAGGUGGCUGGGUGCAUCUUUCAACAGUGGUGAAGAAGGUUUCCAGAGUUUGAUGACCAAGCAAAUAAAACUCAUGUAUUUUCACUUGGCUUCAGCAAUCUGAAGUCAUCCCUCCAUCUUACUCUCACUUGGAGCAAUUAUUCUCUGUGAUCCCAAAGAAUUUUUCUUAAGUGAAAAAAAGUCGUAGUGAAUAAUGCACUAGAAAGAGCCACUGCCAGAGAUGAGGUAGGUCUCCAUGCGCAGCUCAGGCCCCUCAGGAAACACAUGGAGGGUCCCCUCCCCAAGCCCAGCAGGUGGGAGGCUGGUAAUUUAUAUAUUUUUCACAGUCAGGGAAGGACUUUCACUUAUUUGUUUUAAAUGGCAGUUUUUAUAAAACAUUUUUAAAACACAAAUGGCAUGUAUGGUAAUGAGAUUUACCCGUGUGCUAUCUGUAUUCCCUUGUACAGAACUUUUACAUUUUUUAUAUUCCUAUUACUUUUGAUUGUGUCUGAUGAGAACUGAGUCAGCCUUCGUGAAAUGAAAUUUUUGGCUCUUGAGGAGGAAUUGUUAUGACUUCUAUGGGAAUUUUAUAUAUUUAAAGAGGGAGAUCUGGGGCUGUUAUUUUUAAACACUUUUUUUCAUAAUACCUAUUCUGAGUAGCUAUUUAUAAAAUAUAUGUUUCUUUCAUUAUGUGUUUGUAAAAUUAGAGUUUAAAGAAAUAUGCCUUGAUGCAUAGUUUUUACCUAAUAUAACAUGAAUUUUUUUUCUUUUUAAAACAGCCUGAAAUGUAGUCGUGUUUAAAAAUAAAGAUUUCCAUUUU